AUGAGCGCGUGUUUCCGGUGGUGUUGUUUCGGAAAUUGUCCCUGGGAAACACAUUUGUUACUUGUUUGAGUCAAGACUGAAAGUUGUACUGAGUAAAAAGUUAUCUUUAUCUAGCGAUAUAACUAGAUAUUUGAAUGGAUUCCACUGCGUAUUCAAGUAAAGCAUAUGGGACAAAUAGGAGGGUAACAAGACAAGCGGCAAAGGAAGCAGCUGCUCGUGUUAUUGGGCAAAAAGAAAGUCCCACAAAGCGGAAGAGACGUAGAGAAAAUGAUACUCCAACCACAGCAACUAACGGUUCUAAAGAUCAGACGGACGACAGAGAAACUGAUGAAGAUGAAAGGCCUCUAAAGUUUAGGAAAGUGUCUGGGGAAGGAGAGGAAACCAAUGAUAGUGACGAGGACAUGGAGGUCAAAGAGGAUGGAGAAGAUGAUGAAGAUGGUGAUCAGGACCAAGACAUGACUGAGGGGGAGGAUGAGGAGGAUGAGGAGGAUUCAGGCUGCCCUGUCCAAGAUAGACAAGUAGAAAUUUCCUCAGGUGAACCUCUGGCAGUGGAUCGAAAUGUGUUAGGAAACAGUGUUUACAAAGACCCUGACAUACUUGGUCAGCUGAGGAGCCGUAGAUCCAUUCACUUGGAAAAUCAAGCAAAGGAUACUAAAAAAUUUGUCCAUUCUCAAGGAGCCACAGUAUCCUUGCCUGCUACGGGUCUCCGUAGAUGGGAGAAUCAGACUGGAGCAUUGUCUCCAAGGCCCAGGGCCACACAUUACUACGAAGAGAGAGUUUUGACCAACACUGCAAGUCAGAAUCGUUACCCUCUGGCACAAGCAAGGGCAAGCAGACAUGUCUUGCAGAAAGUGAAUCCGGCAAAUAGUAUUUCUCUUCAGGAACCAACUGCCAAAGGAGUGAAACGAGGCUGGUUCUGGAAGCUUCUUUUGUUCUUGGUGCUGAUUUCGGUUGGUGCAGUUCUGUUGUACUACCACCUUUCCAUGAGGAAAGAAGCGCCGGUGCGUGAGAGUGUGGAAGACAAAGGCUUCCGAGCCCAGUUACUGGACUUGGCGUCCGCUUUCCCCGGCCAGAGGCCGGAGCUCUGGAAGCGCAGUAGAAUCCACCUGGAGGAGCACCUGCAGACGGCGAGCCCCACGGAGCCGGUCAGCAUGAUCCUGACCUCGGGGCGCAGGGCUGAGAGGACGCUGCACUGCCUGGCCAGCCGCAUGGCCGCAGCCUUCUCCUCGGCCCUGGGAGCCUCCGUGCUCCACAUAGACGGGGCCAGCAGGGCCUCGCUGGAAAGCGACCAGGUCAAGAUGGACAUCGACGAGCAGCUGACCGAGGCCUUCGAAGGCGACCGGAGGGCGGCAGUUGUCCAUCGGUUCGAGGAGCUGCCCCCGGGUUCCACGCUAAUUUUCUACAAAUACUGCGACCACGAGAACGCAGCCUACAAGAAUGUGCUGCUGGUGUUCACCGUACUGCUGCCCACAGAGGAGCUUGGUCCCCAGCUUACUCUGAACGAAGUGGAGGAGAUGGUUCAGGAGCACAUCCAGGACAAGUUCCUCUCCACCUCCCAGGUGGCCUCGUACGACCAGAUUGACUUGGAUAAACUGAGCGGGCUGUGGAGUCGGGUCUCUCAUCUGAUCCUGCCGGUGGCUGCGGAGGAGGUCAUCCAGCAACAGGGCUGCUAGGUCUAAGAGUCCCCAGCCGUGACGGCCAAAGUCUACUGUACCUCGCCUUUUAUGCUUUCUUUUCUACUGCUGUUUUUACCUUGUUUCAUUCCAGUUCCGCUGGUUAAUUUAGCAAAAUAUACCUGCAAAAGCACAGUCAUGCUGUGAAACGUGACUGUGUUCUGGAAAGUGCACUGGUCCUGAUCUCCUGAAGGAGUCUCUGUUAUUCCCAUCAUGCGAACAGAUUUAGCCUCUGAAGUUUUAUCAAGAUGUAUAUUUGAUAACAUGUUUUUAUUUUGUACUGCAUCACAUUCUCCCCUGUCGGUGAGUGUGACGCCUACACAUGAGAUUGUUUGGGGGGGGGGGGCUACUACCACUGGAAAUAGUUAAUUGUUUUUUUAUGAUUGGGAAAAAAAAAAAAAGAAUUUUGUAAAUAUAUCUUAAUUAUGCUUUUCAGUCUCAGACACAUUGUGUCAUUGCUUUGACUGGCUGUUAUUCUAAGAUUUAUAAUAAGAAUAAUUAAGAAUAUUUUUAUAAUAUGUACAUAUCCAUAUUGUUUUUCUUAUGCAUAAUAUAUUUUGCACUAAUUGCUACUCUAUACUUGUGUUUUUUAUUGACCGCAUUAGGCUUCAAUUUACCAGCUGACUGCAGAUGGAGGGUAGUAAUUCAGUUUCUGAAUGCUGUGUUUUUGUAUUUUUAUUGUACAGUAUUUGCUAUGUAAGCUGUUGAUAAGAUGUGUUUGUUGUAUGAAUGAACAUAUUUCCCAGUUCUGCAGUUUAUAGUAAUGAAGUUAAUAAACAGUUUUUGAGAUUUG